AUGGCCUCACCUGCAGUGUCAACACCCUCGUCUGCAGGCUCUCCGCCCGCCAUUGCUCCAGCACCUCCCACCCUCGCAAUCAAGACCGUAAACAUUUCCAAUAUGACGGCUCUAUCUCCAGCUUCUGGUCUUGCGACACCCUCUAUGAUUACCAGGAAAGAAUGGAUCAUCCCGCCACGACCAAAGCCUGGUCGCAAGCCCGCUACUGAUACCCCUCCAACCAAGCGGAAGGCACAGAACAGAGCUGCACAACGUGCCUUUAGGGAGAGACGUGCUGCUAGGGUUGGGGAGUUGGAAGAACAGCUAGAGGAGACCAAAGAGGAACAGCAAAAGCGCGAAGGGGAGAUGAGGAAUAAGAUCAUACGACUUGAGGCGGAUUUGGAGAGGUUCACAGGCGAGCUUCACUCGUGGAAAGUUCGCUGCGAUACGCUUGAUCGCAUUGCGGACUAUGAGAGGAAGGAGAAGGAGGCUGCCCUCGCUGAGCUGUCUUAUCUUCGGAACGGGUCAAGAAAUACAGGCACAGACGCUGUUCCUCUUCCGCCACGGCGCAAUCGACGAAAUGUUCAAAAGAAUCCCGAGCCACAACGGUUUGCUUCACCUGCUCUUGAUAUUGAGUCGACACCUGUUGGAUGUGGUGGCUGCACGUCUUCAAGUAAUUGUGCGUGUGUUGAUGAGGCUAUGGCUAUUGCUGCCUCUGGGUGUGGGAAGUGUUCGGCUGACACUCAUUGCGAGUGUUUGGAAGAGACUCUCAGGCCAAAUACUGGAGCUUCGGCCUCGUCGGAACUCAAAAGAGCACACUCGCCAUCAGCUGAAGAGCAAGCCGAGAAACGUCGACGGCAAUCUGCUCCAUCUACUCCACUCGAGGUCGACUUCACUGCACAGUUCUCUUCAAAGCCAGUUGCACGUCAGCCAAUUCAGGAGUCCCGUCUUCAAAUAUCGCGGCCACCAAUAGAGUCAUGUGGAUUCUGUGAAGAGGGUACAUAUUGCGUCUGUGCCGAGGAAGCCGCCGCGAAUGCUUCCAACGAACAAAACCAUGAAAAUCGGCUAGCUCCUCUACUCAAUGAAGUCACGCCACCUCCAUCAGACACCGAUGUUGAGGGGAUUAUGAUCAAGUUACCAUCGAUGCAUCCCAACCAUAUGCAUCGACCAGUUGCCACUCAAGCACCGUCCAACUCUUGUGCCAGCGGUCCAGGUAAUUGCCAGCAAUGUCAAUUAGACCCCAAGUCUGCAAUGUUCUGUCGUUCACUUACUGCUAUGCGUGGAUCUACCACGCCUAAUUCAGCGUCCCCUGAAGGCUGCUGUGGUGGAAAUGCUGCUGGUGGAGGAUGUUGCAAGUCUGUUCCAGCGACCGCAACGUCUCACCCUCCACCAAGCUUGUCAGUUGCCGACACUUACAAGACACUCUCUACACACAAGGGCUUUGAGCAGGCGAGUGAUGAGUUGGGUACAUGGCUUGGGAGAUUACAUGCUACGCCGCCUCGUCACGAGGGAAGAGAACCGAUAGAAGUUGAGGCGGCCAGUGUUAUGGGGGUGUUAAAGCUAUUUGACAGACGGUUCGGUAGAGGAUGA